UUUCCUAAUUUUUUUUUGUUUUUUUGUUUCUUCUCAUGUUCACAACUGGACCUGUUCACAAUGGAAUAUUGGGUGUGUUCUGAGAGUAAUGACUUGAUUUCCAAGUUCAUUUCAUUAUCUUAUUUCGAAGUAGCAUUUGGCAAAUUUCUUUGAAAUCAUUUCAUUUGUGUACUUGUCGAUACAGGAAAUUUUCUCUAGCUGCACACAGUUUGCAAGCAGCUUAGUUCGUGAGAAAAUCGAUUUCUCGAUAUCCAAAUCACUGUGUGUGCGACCUAAAAUUAUCGAUUCAUAUUUUUUGACACAUGUCAAACUGACAUAAGAUGAUAUAUAAAAAAAAGAAUGCAGAAUGCACAAAUGCAAGAACAACAAAAAUAUUGUUGAUUUAUUUUUAUUUCUUUAUUAUUAAUUAAGAAAUGUAUUUACUUAAAAGAAGUAUAACUAAAAUAAAUACACUUCAAGAAAUUGAUAUAACAUUUUAAAAUAAUGUAUGUUGAUGGACAUAAAUACUGGCUAGCUUACAAAACUGGUUCUGUAAGUUACUAUCGUUGUCAUCGACACAAAAGCACCAAAUGUCCUGGUCGUUUGACUCAUGAAAAUGGUAAAACAAAAAUCAUUGUCGAACACGAUCAUGCACCUGCUCCAAAUCAAUUGUUAGUCGAUGCAUUCCGCAAAGUACUAACUCAAAGAGCUACCGAUGAAACAACAGACUUGAAUGUAAUUUACUGUGAUGAGGCAACCAAUCGACAUGCCGAUGCUGCAUUACUCUAUCCUUUUACCUCUGCUGAGAGUGCAAUGAGAAAAGCACGUCGCAAACAGUUACCCAAAGAAUCGGCUACGAAAAUUGCUGACAUCGUGAGUAUACUUGAUGGAGGGAAAGAUCUCCUUCAGGUUAAUAGUGGUUCACAGAAAGAGCGUAUCUAUCAGAAGACAAUCAGUUUACCUGAUGCAACUUGUAUGAUAUUUAUGCAUAGGAAAACUUUUGAACUUCUACCUCGGAUUGACGAGAUACACAUGGAUGGAUCGUUUGAGUUUGUCUGUCCAAAUCAACCAGAUUAUUAUCUACUCACUUUCCAUGCAGUUAAUGGGCAUUUGACAGCUCCAAUAAUUUACUGUAUGGUAACGGCAAAAACCAAAUCAGCUUACGCUGCAAUUUUUGCCUACAUCCGACAAGAGCUUAAGGUCAUUCCAAACAUAAUUGUCUCUGAUUUUGAUAAUCUUGUUCAAUCAGAGUUGGCUUUUGCAUUCCCCGAGGCGAUUAUCAAAGGUUCUUGGUAUCAGUAUACCGAUGCAAUUCUGAAUAAAAUGAAACAACUCGGUUUACAACGGGAAACAGCCAAGGGAGUGGGUGCUAGUGCUUUAAGAAUGCUUCUGGUGUUACCUUUGCUUCCUCCUGAAUAUAUGGUUCCUGGAUUAGAAGCACUUCGCAAAUGGAUGCGAGAAAAGAGUAUAUUCUCAAGUGGACUCUCAAGCCUCUGUGAUUACAUAGAAAAUAUUUGGCUACGUGCUGUUGGAACAGAAAAGAUGUCAAUAUUCGGUACAAAUCGUAUCGCUUCAAAUCACAUAAAGGUGUUUAAUAAAGACUUAACCGAUCGAAUAGGCCAAAAUCCAGUAAUUUGGACAAUUUUGGAUUCUAUUCGGCAACUAGCAACAAAACUCUAUGUAAAUCUUAAGCGAAAACAUGGGAAAUCAACAAAAUCAAAAAACUUAACCUCAGCCAUGAGACAAAGAAGAAACGAAAUGGUAGCUGAGAAAAUUGUUGAAAGUGCAACGCAGCUAUGGAUAAAGACUCCAGUUCAUUUGAGGAAUCCCCUGCAGUUCUUGCAACUGAGUAGUCAUUGUAUCACUGAUUCUAUGUGUUUGGCAAAUUUAUCAAACAUUAAAGAUCGUAAUUAUACAAUGGCAACUUAUCCAAAAACUGCUAAUGAUUCCAAUACCACUGUAACAGUUCCUCCAUCACCUGGUUUAAAAAGUUGGGCAAUGAUAGAUUCCAAUACUUUACAAGUAUCCAAUUCAAGUUCCAAAAAAAUUGUUACACAUUCUCAACCAGAAUCAAAUUCACCAGCAUCUGAGUUCAUUCCGACAUCACAUAUUCCACAGGAUUCAUAUAAUUGUGGUGAUAUUGUGAUAAGCGAUGAUGGUGCUGGUAAUAUUUAUCCUAGUUGUUUUGCUCAAUGUUCGAGUAUGAAAAGUUGUCCGGAAGAUAGAACAAAUAAUGAACAAGUAUUACAGCCAUUGACAUCAGUUAGUCAAACUGAGUUAACACAAGAAGGAGCAGCCAAUGAAGGACCAGCUACUCAGAUAAGUCUGUUGAAAGCAACUGAUCUUUCAAGUCCACCGCCAUUAGUUUUUUUACCACAUGUUAAAAAACUUAAAAAUAAAAGACUUUUACCUAUGCUUUCGGAACCUCCGCCAUUGGUAUUGAUAAGUUCCAAAAGACAAAAAAUAAGCUAAAACGACGUACUGGUAGUAAAUUGAUUGAAAUUGUGUAUGCUAUCUAAACUUGUUUUGUUUGUUUGAAUAAUUUAAGGAUAAUUGUACUGUACAUAUACUAAUAUAAGUUUAGAAAAUAAGAAUUUAU